ACUCAGAGGGGUGAGAGGACGCGACGAGCACUAAAAUUACGUGUGUACCCGUGCGACGUCAUCACCUCGCACCGAGCUACGGUAACUACAGACACACCACGGCGCAAUGCAGACCUCGCACCUUCGUCUCGCGCGAGAACUUGGGACGCCGGGGGCGCACUACGGACUGGAGCUGUGGCGGAACAGCGAGCGGUGGCAUUCACUGGGCCUAAGGACUGAUGUCGUUGAUACCGGCGGAGUCAGCGGAGUCGGCGGAGUGCAUAAAAAGGGAGCCACGGCACUCGAUAUCGACCGCCAGACGGGGCGGUACCUCCUCGCCGCUGGCGCCACAGGAGCCGUCUCGCUGCACGACCUUUCCGCCGGCGGCGCCCCGCCGCAGACCGCCGCCGCAGCAGAAGGCGGCCACAAAUUCACCGCCUCAUCCAUCUGCUUCUACCCUUCAGACGCAGACCUGUUCAUUUCCGGGAGUUUCGACGGCACGGUGCGGGCAUGGGACACGCGGGAGCUCUCGGUAGCGCACACGUUCCGGAUCUCGCGAGCGGUGCACGCAAUCGCGAUGGCGCCGCGGGCGCGGCACACGCUGAUUGCGGUUGCGGCGGCGGCGGCGGCAGUGCGCCUGCUGGAUCUGGGCAGUGGCGCCGCGGCGCAGGAGUUGAUCGGUCAUGUCGGCGCGGCGUGUUAUGCUGUGGCGUGGAGUACGAGGGAUGAGAACUUGCUGGCUUCUGGGGGCGUGGAUGGACAGGUUAGACUGUGGGAUGUUAGGAUGGCAAGGGCAUGCUUGGUUAGUUUGGAUUGCGAGGGGGCGGGGAGGGGGAAUGUCGAUAGGAGGAAUCGCGCACAUGAUGGUGUAGUGAAUGGAUUGACGUGGAGUGAGGAUGGCACUUCGCUUGUGAGCCUCGGUCACGACGACAAGUUACGAGUGUGGGACCUUUCCACGGGCUCAAACGUCCCUACAGACUUCUCACCGGUUAUCCGCAACCGACAACUGUCUAACUGCGAUCCCGUACUGACAUGCUUACGUCACUCGGACCCCCAGCUGGUGUUUGUCCCCUCUGUCGGCGAGAUCCUAGGAUUCCACUUUACCGAAGGAAACGUUGUCCUCCGGCAGGAGGUAACACAGCACAAAGUCAGUGCGCUCGUGCAACGGCCGCACCAUCCCGCUGAGCUGUAUUACGGCUCUACCGGUGGCGAGAUUGGCAUGCUAGCUCCGCCUCUAGAUCAGGACGGUGGUGGUGGCGAAGACGAUGGUGGGGACGAUGGAUCAAGCGCAGCGGGAGGGAAGGACAAGGCUGUCUUGGAUGCCAUCUACCAAUCUUUAGUUCGCGCUCCAAUGACCUUCACCUGAAUGAACGAAUGAGACAGGUUUCAGAAAACGUACCUGUCGGCAUGGAUAUGUUUAAAGCGUGU